UCGUGGGAAAGUAAGUUUAGAAGCUUACUCAAAAUAAACAGUAUCUUUUUGUACUAAGCUAGAUGAUAAUGAAAAAAAAUUAAUAACAAAAAUAAUAAUAAAUAGUUGAAAGCUAGGACACUCUUAUUAAAGAAACAUAACCCACACCCUCCCUCCAUGCACUUGUCUCUUCUCCCUUCUUCUUCUUCUUCUUCUUCUUCUCCUUCAUCAUCUUCUCUCUCUCUCUUCAUAAAUUUGCAUUAUAAAAACACAUCCACUUUGCUCCUCCCUCUUCAACACCUUCUUCUCCACUCUCAUUCCCUCUCUCUCUCUCUGACACAUUAACUACUUAUCCUUUCUUGCAUUCUUCUCUCUUUCUACACACAACACACAAUUUUAAAAUAUAUCAAGAAAGAAGAUGUCGAGCAGAAGAUCCUCACGUUCAAGACAGUCAGGAAGCUCAAGAAUCUCUGACGAUCAGAUUUCAGAUCUUGUUACUAAGCUCCAACACCUCAUCCCUGAACUCCGCCGCCGCCGUUCUGACAAGGUGUCAGCAUCUAAGGUACUACAAGAGACUUGCAACUACAUCAGGAACUUACACAGAGAAGUUGAUGACCUCAGUGACCGUUUGUCUGAACUCUUGGCUUCGACGGAUGACAACAGCGCCGAAGCAGCCAUCAUUAGGAGCUUGCUUAAUUAUUAAACCUUCGUAUGCCAUUAAUUAAUCUGAGAGCUAUAUUAAUCAUCCGUUUCCGGCCACCAAAUUUAUCUUAUAUAAUUAUGAGUAUCUCUGUUUACUUCUACUUCAUAUAUUAUGAGAUAUAGCUAGGGUUUCGGGUCAUUGUGUAGGCCAACUCAUAUAUUAUAUGAUAUAUAUGGUUAUAUAUGUAUGUAUGUAUGCAUCUUAAUUGUAUGUGAUGAGGGUCCAGACCUGGCUGUAUAGUAGCCAUGUAUCAUGAGAUCCUCUAAAUAUUAUGAUUAAUGACACGGUCCAUUUCCAUUUU